UAUGCACUUUUCGCAAGCGGCGAUAAAGCGAAAUUUCUUAAAACGCUUCUAAACGCUCCGGGAACAACAUUUCUGCACGAAUUAGACCCAUUAGGCUCAAAAACAACUAGCGACAAAAAGCGAAAUUUCGCGAAAAUCGUCUGAAUCCGCGAAAUCGACCUGAUACCGCGAAAUAACCGGCGAAAAUCGCGAAAGAUCUAGCGAAACCGCGAAAAAUUGCCUAAAAUGACUGCAUUUUCUUCUAAAACGUUUCUCAAAUUAUUGUUUUUGUAGUUUUUUGAAAUUUUGGUUAUGUUAUGAUGACAUGACAGAACCGCCAACCUAGGCGAGGCGCUUCUGCAGCACUUGGUUAGCUUGCCGGGGUUAUUCAGGUUGGUAGUACUGACGAACUGACCGUUACGCAAGGCUAACUUUGUGCCAAGGCCUCGCCUGGGUUUGGCGGUUUGGAGGACCGGUUUUAAAAGCCGAGAGGAGGCAGACAAGUUUAGUUAAUUAAAGAGAGCUAAAGAUGCCUCCACCAAAGAAAACCAUUGGUGACAGAGUGAAGGAGUUCAAAGAAGAAGGCAUGAUACAAGUUGGACAGGUUAUGAUGUGCUGUUAUUGUAACUGUCGCGUCGAGUGGUCAAAAGUAGACACUAUUAAGAAGCACAUCAAUAACCAGCACCACGAAGCGAACAAAACAAAGGCAUUAACUAGUGGUAAAAGGCAACAAACGUUUGAACAAUGCCUGGAAACAUCAAAGAAGAGGAAGGAUGAAAAACAUACAUUCGUUUUAGAUACAGUUGAAGCUAUGGUUGCCUCCAACAUACCACUUCAUAAAGUUGACCAUCCUGCUUUUCAAAAUUGGUUGCACAAGUAUAUGCCCGGGUGCGGCGACCUGCCCAAGUCGAGGACCUUGAGAGAAAGCUAUGUGCCAGAGCUAAGGACUAUGAAAUUUGAAGAGCUGAAACAAAUUUUGAAAGAAAAGGCCAUCGUGGUUUACUGCGACGAAACAACAGACUCCAGUGGCAGGGCUGUUUUUAACAUCCUGGUGCAGACUGUCACUGAUUCAGACAAACAACAGCUGUACCUGGCAUCAUCUGUGGUUCUUGACGUGGUCAACUCCGAAAGCUGCGCAAAUGCAAUCUUAGGCUGUCUAAACAAGCUGGAAAAAACUAUUCAAGAUGUUGUAGCUGUGGUUUCAGACUCUGCCAGGUACAUGACUAAGUGUGCAAGAAUUUUAAAGGGACUUAACUCUGACCUACAGCAUGUGCAGUGUUGGCCACAUAAGCUGCACAAUGCAGCUAAUACCUUCCAGAAGACCCUCCCUGAACUUAAUGCUGCAGUUACUAAAGUGAAAAAAGUCUUUCUUCAUGCCAGAAAGAGGAGCAAUGAAUAUUUACUCUUCCUGCAAGAGAAGUACCCCGACGACAAGACUAAGUGGACCCUCUUCCCCAUCCCUUGUAUCACAAGGUGGAACUCCUGGAAGAAAUCUGUUAACUAUCUUCAUGCCCACUUUACUGAUAUAAUGGAAUUUUUGGAAGGACAGCAGGACGAGGAUGAAGAUGAUGACUUUGAUGAGGAAGAGGAUGCAAGCAAGGACAGCAAAUGUAUAAAAUACCUUAAAAGCCUGACUGCUGAGGAGAAGGAGAAAGUAAAAGUGCAAGCAGAAUUUGUUUCUAUAAAAUGGAGAGAGAUAGAAGUACUGAUCCAAUUGCUGCAAACGAAUAAAUUCCCUACCAGCCACUUAAUUUACCAGAAAAUAGAUGCAAUUGAAAGAAGAUUUUGUCUUUUGAGUGAAGGUGAUGGAUAUGAAGACUUGAACUUCCUUAACACACUUCCAAACACCAGAAGAAAUAAUAAUAAGAAGCAGCUUCAGGCAGCCGCCGUGAAGUUCCGCACCCAGAUUCUGAAGUACGCCCGCACUGACCCUGCAAGAGAUUAUCUUCUAGGCCUGGAGGCCCUUUUGUCUCCAAGAAACCUAGGCCGCUCAGCUCUACCCGUGGAUGAGGUGAAGAGACACCUAAAAAACAUCCCAUUUGCAAAAGAAAUACCCAUCCACGAGUUUGUAGCUGGGUGGUCUUCCCUUUCAACAAUGGUAAAAGAAGAGACAAGAAAGCCGGGAUUCAAAUCAAUCAAUUUAGUUGACUUGCUUUGUGCCCUAAAAGGGGACUUCCCCAUCUUUGCCAGCAAAUGUUUGCAGGCCCUUUGGAUCUUACCCUCAAAUGCUAACAGUGAAAGAUCCAUCAGGGCCUGCAACAUUGUGGUCACCGACCUGCGACGCCGCCUCAAACCGGAAAAUGCAGAGACACUGAAUAUCAUCUAUUUCAAUAGGAAUGAAGAGAACAACCAGUCCUACAAUCCCUUCACAGAGGGUGUGGAGGAAGAAAUUGAUGAUGAAGAGCUGUUGGGACUGAUUUAAAGAGAGACAGUUUUAGUGAGCUGAAAUGGCAAUGGAAUCUGAUUGUGAUUUUUGAUCUAGUUGGUUGUUAAGUUCCUAGGUUUGAUUUAAAUAUUUAAAAGUUGUUUGAACACUUAAAUAUUUGUAUUCUUUUAUUUUUUAUAUGACUUUUGAGUUUAAUUUUUUGUUCUAAAUUAUAGAUAUAAUAAAUACUACUCUGAAAUACAUUUAAAAAUGGUCUUUAGUAUUCUUUUACUACCCCUCUGGCCUGUAACAGUUAAAAAACACUCCGUAUUUUGAGGUCUGGUGCAGAAAUUUGUUCUUCGCAGCAUUAUUAGGGUGUUUUUGGUAAUUUCCGGCAAUUUCGCGAUAAAAAGCGAAAUUUCAACUUCAAUCAGCGAAAUUUUGAAGCGUCAUUCCGCGAAAAGUGCAUAUCCAUGUCGAUCAUUUUUUAACUUACUUAUGCAAUUCCAAAAAAGACAUUCAAUUCUUUAUUAGGGACAAAAUAAAGCAUUUAACUCCAGCUUAUCUACCUGAGCAGCAUUGGGAGGAUGUAGGCGUUAUAGAAAUCUGUUUGAUGCUGAUUGGGGAAAUGGUUCUGAUCGCAGAAACUAUUCUGGUAUUGUCAGGAUAAUGUAAUCUGGUGCCGUCUUUUGGCAGGCGAAGAAACAGCCGUCUCCGGCUUUGAGCAGCACAGAGGCUGAGUGCGUCGCUUUCAGGGCUCGAGAGAAGCAAAAAGUUUGUGAGUUUUCUAGGUAGGUAUUGGUCGUCAAGCGCCAAUUACUGUUCAUUGUGAUGACUGAAGUGCUAAAUUCAUUGCUUCAAACCGGUCAAACAGUAGUAAGUUUAAACAUGUUGAUAUCCAAUAUCAGUUUACCAGAGCCAUAGUAAGAUUUAAAAUUGUAAAACUUAAUUACCUUCGAACUGAAUUAAUGUAAGCAGACGACCUAACCAAAUCUCUUCUAGCAAAUAAGCACAAAUUUUGUAAAUUAAAAAUUGGUGGGUAUUAAUUUGUUUUUCGUUGUAAAGCAUUCUGUGUGAUAUUAAAAUAAUGCAUUGCUUUUGGUUUUGUUAAAAAUAAUGGCGCUAAUAUUUUAUCACUUGCUUGUUUUUGUACAAUCACUUUUUAUAUGUAAAGUGAAGAGACAGAGUUCACGAAACGCAAGCGUGAUUUUCACGCCAGGUGUGAAUUUCACGCUCCGUAAGCUCCACGCAGCCAAUCAGGAACCGACUUUCAUUACGCCCGGCGUGAAAAUCACGCCUGGAGUAAGACUCACGCUCGCGUUUGGCGAACUCUGUAUCCACCUUUAUGCAUGUUCACUUUUCUAUUGUUGUUUAUUGCUUUGUUUUUAAAAUACUCGCAUUAAGUGGGGGUGUUGUUGUGUAAUGCUCAAUCAUAUUCAGAUUGAUAUUGUUAAAUUGUGAUAUUCAGAUUUGUCAGUUGGUUACACUCUCUGUCUUCUGCUAUGGAGUCAAAUAUUGUCUGCACACCAUUUUUUUAAAUCUCUUCGCCAACCAACCUGUGAACCUUUCAC